AUGGAUUCCCCGGCUGUACUGGUCCCCCUCGAUCCACGAGAACAGCCAAUCCUCGACCGACUCCUCCGCACUCGAGACGCACUGCUAUUAUUGAAACAAGAUAAAUCGUCUUAUAUUAAAUCUCGGGAUGUCCUCCCGCUAUACGAAGAAGUGAUCGGUCAGGUCGAGACCUUGAAUGCCGUGCGGAAAUCGCAGGAACGUGACCGCCGCAUGCCUCAUACCCGACUUGAUUAUGUGCUCGACGAUUGCUUCCAACUCAUCUCCCUCCUCUUUCUCACAGUUGGCCGCAACAAUGAGGCUCCCGCGACAUACUCCCUUGCAACCACAGUGCAACGCUUACUCGACCAUCUCGAAGAAGCAGGAUUCUAUAGCGCCAAAGAUCUUGAAUCAAUAUCCCAGACCCUCAACACCAUGCGCGAAACUCUCGACCGUGGAAAAAAUACGCAUUCCCCACAUCUUCUGACGCUUCUUGAAAAUCGACUAGAAGAAUGCCAAAUAGUUUUUGAUAGAUUGCGCAAGGGCCUUGAGCCUCUUUCGCCCGAGCUUGUAAAGUUUCAUGAGACGUUGGUUUCGAUUUUGCGGUCUACGUCCGCGGCGAAUACUCGUUCAAAGUUUUCGUCGUCUGAGGUAUCUGAAUUGCAAGAACGAUUGAAGGAGAUUCAGAAUAAUAUGAAGGAUGGCAACUUUGUCGGAUCAGACGGUCAGAUUCUAGGCGGACAGGAAGCAGUCAAAUCUCUCUAUGAACGGUGCUGGAGGUGGACAGAGAUUGUCCUUGAGCGAAAAGGUCGUAUAGACGAAUGCUUUCAAGAACAAUAUGCCCGACUCCUCGAAAUCAAGAACCAGCUAGAGCGACUCUCAAUGACACAGGCAUGGUCCCUCCGAGAAACAGACCUCUUUCACUUCCAGCGCAAGCUUGAUCGUAUCGACGAGGCUCGUGUGAACGGAAAUUUUCUGGAUGCUACCAAUCAGCCUGCUGAUCUGCAUGCUCAACGAACAUUACUCUACCUCAUCCGCCGCAGCUAUGCAUACAUCUAUGCCCUCCUCAUCGCUUCGGAACCAGUCUCCGAGGCCCUCCUUCCGAUUUAUAAUCAACUACAGACACUACGCCGAUGUCUACUCGAAGUUAAGGACUCAGGCGGCGUCUCGAAUUCACGUGAACUUUAUCCAUAUAGCAUGAAGCUGAACUCAAUCGACAACAUGCGUAUCGAUGGGAAAUUUUACAUAGGAAACGACAUCCCCGAAGGCCAGGGCAGCGUAAAUUCGCUUCUAGCAGAAUGUUAUGAGCUCGCGUACGAUUUACGAGCCGCUGUUGUGGAUGAAGAUAAAGAGGAUCGGGGAGAAGAAUAA